UUUGGUGACACGAUUGCCUUUGACGAUGUCCACGGAAAACUCAAGUCCAUGCUCGUGUCCACGGUGGUCGUGCUGAGUAUGUGGUCGCGACUGUCUAGACGCCGUCGCCUCCUGUGAGUUGACGCAGGUGGGGAUGUGGAAGUUGUUGGGGAAAGUUGGUGAAAAGGUGAAUGCGCGUCGUCGUGCUUUCGAUACGACGAGUGGGUCAGUUCAAAGGAGGAGGAUGUUGCGGAGGCGUUGCCGCGAUGACCUUCCACCGGUAUCGGCGCAUGAAACCCAUGAUUGUCCGUCUCGUAAUCAUAGUGGGCAAUGGAGGAUGGUGAGGCAGGAAGGGAAUGCUGAGGCAGUCCUUGAGAUAAAGAUAUUCGACUUGGUGCGGAUGCGCUGCUGUGGGCGGGAGAUGGGAUAUCGCGGGAAUUUGAUGGUAGCAAAGUGUGGGGAAUUGGAGGUGGCGUCUGUGGAUGUGUCGAGUUCGCACUGUUCAAUAACACAUCCUCAUGGUCGUCAUGAUUUGCUUCCCUGGACUUGGUUUGCAGCUCGUGGUUCAGCAACGUAACUGUCUCACCUAGGGAGCUGACUGUGGUGCGAGCAUCUUCGAGCAGUCGUCGAAACAGCAUGCGCUCAAGGAGCGCUUUCGUGUUGUCCUUGGUAUGGGCUUGUCGUAAGAGUUCGAUCUCUUUCUCUUGGAGGUCGCAUGUGUCUCGAAGCGUGUGAACUUGUAUUGACAGAGCACGCAGCGCAGCCUGGUGAUUCUCCUGUAUCUGUGCCAGCAUCGCCUGCACGUCCAUCGCCGCCGACAUCUCAAGCCUAGCGGUC